AAUGUAAUAAAAUGUUAUAAAAUGAUAAUAAAAAACUUGCAACUGACUUAACUUCUGUUACGUGAAUUAAAAUGAAUACUUUUAAAAUAGUCUCAUGUCUCAUCCUCCUAUACAAUUUUAAUAGUGUGGUCAUCUCAUCACAGCAGCUUUCAAAUCACAAGUCUGCUCGAAUCGUGGGUGGAGACACCGCAAAAGCAGGCCAAUUUCCUUUUUCCGCUGCCAUUUAUGUACAAACUGCCACUAGCACUAUCUUUUGUGGGGGCUCUCUCAUUGACAACCAGUGGAUUCUAACAGCAGCUCAUUGUGUAGACGGAGCCAUUCUGUUCACAAUUCGACUAGGAUCGAACAGUUUGUCGAGCAAUGAUCCCAAUCGUCAAACACUCGCAAGUUCACACUACGUGCUGCACCCAAAAUACAAUCCCACAACCCUCGAAAACAACAUCGGUUUAAUUCGUCUGCGACAACCCAUCCAAUACACAGAUUAUAUAAAACCGAUAGAAUUAACAAAUCGUGAUGUUCAGAUGUAUGACCACUUGACUGCAAUAGGAUGGGGCCAAACAAGCGAUUCCGAGACUGGGCUCUCUGACGAUUUGCAAUAUGUCAGUUUGAUCACUAUCACCAACGAAGAAUGUAAAAAUGUUUUCGGGUACCAAAUCAGCAGCGAUAUGGUUUGUGCCACCGGUAAUUACAUUGAAGGAACAUGUCUUGGGGAUAUUGGGAGUCCUUUAAUUGAACACAUCUAUAAUCCACAAUCGGUACGUCAUGCUGGUGUAUCGAGUUUUAUUAGUGGAAAUGGGUGCGAUCAGCCACAUCCUUCAGGAUAUACAAGGACUUAUCUCUAUCUAGACUGGAUAGCAAACGUGACCAGCGAAGAGCUGCAAGAUCAGGUCGGCGUGGAGGCUAACCAGGUGGGGUUUAGCGGGCUGACCAUUGCACGAUUUGUACAGUUCAGUGUGAGAGAUCUGGCUAUACAUGAUUACAUCCAAGUCAAACCCGGCAAAAAUAUCUCAAAGCUAAUCCAGUUUUGUGAAAAUAGUUUUAUCAUGAUUUACACAGGCCAUAAAAUAUUUACGACAUUUAAAACCCGAAAAACAGAAGUUAACACAAACACCAAGAUGGUCUUUCUGGGAUUAUUGUUAUUGCCAAUUUUUGGUGUUUUGAGCGCAGAGGUUCACUCCGGACGCAUCAUAAAUGGCGAAACUGCAGACGUUGGAGAAUUUCCCUUUGUCGCAGCCAUCACAGCCCAAACCAGUAAUAGCAAACAUCUAUGUGGAGGUUCUCUCAUUGAUAAGCAAUGGGUUCUAACGUCAGGAACUUGUGUAGACAAUGCUUUGAUUUUUACAAUUCGGUUGGGGACAGUCCGGUUAGACUCAGAAGACUCAAAAGCUCUUAUUCUGUCAACAAGUGAAUAUGUUGUACAUCCAGGAUUCAAUUCUACAACUUUGGAAAAUGAUAUUGGGUUAAUUCGUCUUCGCAUGGCUAUAACUUUUACGACAUACAUAAACCCUAUUUAUCUACCAACCGAAGCAUUAGAAGAUUAUAGUACUGUUACGGCUGUUGGUUGGGGGCAAAUUAGUGACUCCGAUUCGGAAUAUGCCAGUCGUCUUCAGUACGUCGAAAUGUCAACUAUGGCAAACCUUGCUUGUGCACUAGUUUAUGGUAAUCAAAUUAAAGACACAAUGGUUUGUGCCGUUGGUAAUUACAAUGAAGGAAUUUGUCUUGGUGACAACGGUGGUCCUUUAAUACAACAUAAGGAAAACACAAAGUAUUGGACAAUUGGCGGAAUUGCAAGUUUUUACAGCGGAAAUGGGUGCGAAAGUCUCGAACCAUCUGGAUUCACACGAACGUACCCUUAUCUUGAUUGGAUUAAAAAUGUAACAAAUAUCUAAUAAUUGAUAUUUCUGGCUAUAA